AUGCGGUGAAAUAUAAUCGAUUCAAUUUGAUGCCACGAUACUCUUCUAGGAAAAUCUAGCUGAGAUGAUUCUUGAAUCUGUAUUUCCCGUAACUACUGAUUCAACUAAUCAAACCAAUUACCCAAAUUGAGAGAAAUUCGAUUCAUUUCCACCUCUACAAUGACUACUCUUAGCAACUGUGCGGCGCCGCUCUCCUUCCUCCGCCGCAAAACCGCCGCUUUCCACCCCAGCCGUCGCUGCUUCUCGACUCGCACCGCCCGUCAAUUCUCCCGGUCAGUGACCUAUUCACCAAAUCGCCGCCGCCCAUCGAGUUGCUGCAGCAGCGCCGUCACAAAAAAUGACGCCGUAGCUGCGACGCCGCCACCGGAGAGUGAAAUUCGGGUUAGAAUCGUGGUUGUUGUUGGAGAGGGAAGCGUCAGCCCUCUCAAAUCCGCGCCUUGGUAUGACGUCAUGCUCCACACUGCCAAGAGAUUGAAAUGGGUAGACGAAGGGUAUGAAAUGGAGGUGUAUACUGACAAUGCUUGUCGAGAUGAGAAUGCAAUCACACACCAGUUUCACCAUGAUUUGAGGCAGGCAGAUAUUUUGCUGGUUGUUGCUGUUUCUGAUCAAGAAUCCAUUAAAUCAAUCCAGUCCUGUAGCCAAGACGUUGCCAAUAUCGUAUGUUUCGACUCGUCUCCAUCUCUACCGAACAAAUUAGGCGGAUCGCUCGUGCAAACAAAGGCUGUGAAGGAAUCUGAGGAAGUGGCGAAGUCAGUAAAUGAGGCGUGGAGCAGGCACAACUCGGAUGAUAUAAGGUUCUGUUUGCUGGUCAUCGUGAAUGCCUACGUCAAGCCGGUUCCUGUACUGAAGAACCUACGGGCGAAGGGCUUCUCGACGUUGAGCUGCAUGGUGAAGAACUGCGGCCCCCAAAUCUUGAACUGUUUGUUGGAUGACAAUUGCAGGAAGGCUCUACAAUGCUUGAACAAUUGCAGCCCGGUCGAUCAGGUCUGCAACUAUAAGUGCAUCGCAUCGUAUGAGAGCCGAGAGCUGGAGGAGUUCUCUCUAUGCGUUCUGCAGAAGCACAACUGCCUCGAGCUGGAUGCAAAAAUCCCGGAUAAGCCCUUUGUGGCCCCGAUGGCGCGUUUCCGGGAAGUGGAGCUGGACCAUGAGACCGCUGAGGAUCUGUUUGUCGGCUGGCUGGGGCGUUUGGAGUGGAGCUGGCGCGUCGUUGCUGGGCAGAAUCCGGCGUACGACCAGUUCCCGUGCCAGUACCAGCUCUUCUACAGAGGGAGGGCGAAAGGGUCGUUAUGGUACGAGCCAGUUUUUCAGGUGAGGACGCUGGACGGGGAUCUCGUGUGGAGGAGGAGGAGGUACCGGGUGAAGAGGGGGACAAGGCCAGGGACGUUCUACUUCAGCGUGCUGGAUAAUGGCGUGGUGUCGAAUGAGAUGUGGACGAUUGUGGAUGUGGCUGAUGAUCUCGGGUGGGGUUUGUUUCACUACCACGGUGCGGCUAGAGUUGCAGGGCAGUCGUACACGGGGGCGGUGCUAGUGAGCCCGACUGGGGCCUACCCGGACGAGAGCCAGCUAGGGAAGGUGGGAUCUGCAUUAGAGAAAUGCAGCAUAAAGGAAUGGGAGGUUUUUGAUGUUGAUAAUUGUUCUUGUGAAAAUCCACCUUUGGAUUUGCCAGAAGAUUCUAGAUUGCAUUCUAAAUUGAGUGUCGAAUCUUUGGAAGAUAGUUCUGCAAGUGUUUGACGAGAAUGUCUUAAUUGAGACAUGAAAGAGGUUAGAAUGUUUGUCCAAUAUUGUGAAAAUGAUUUAUAGAGUUCCACAUUUGAAAUUUGUUGUUAUAAAAGAGUUUGAAAUGGGGUCAGAAUUCAUAGGUCAUCGAUGCCAAGAAUUUAGUAGUAGCGAGAAUAAAAAGAUUUGUAAAUGGGGCAGAAUUUAUAUGUGAAAG